AUGCUUUCACGAUCGUUUCUCACUGUCCUCGGUGCCAUUGGCUAUCUGAGCCAGGGCACCAAUGCUGAGAGCCAUUACAAUGCCGAUACUCGAGAUCUCAGGGGAGGAAACGACAAUCAACCAACCACUCUUUCGACAGCCAUUAUACCCACAGCGACAGCCAGUCCGGGUACUGGUGUGGGCUUUUGGCCUGCGUACACUCCGGAAAAGGACCAGAAUGUCAAAUUCGGCGACAUCCUGAAGAUCACCUGGGGCUAUGACCCUCGCUGGGACGGCAAACUCACCAUCACGCUCAUUGGCGGCGCCGCACAACCCGAGCAGGUCCCUCUUGGUGUCGUAGCCGAGCACGUGGAGAACAAGCAAGGUUACUAUCUUUGGAAUGUCACGAAUGGAUUUGUUGGAAAGCACGCGGUUUAUGGGUUCAGCGUUUUGUACCAGGACGGCAAGACUCAGCAGUAUUCGAUGCCUUUUCACAUAGUUUGA